GGGCCGAGCGCUGACGGGGAUCGCCGAGCGCUGACGGGGCUCGCCGAGCGCGGGUGGGCGGGGCUCGCCGGGCCGGGGGCGGGGCUUGCCGAGUGGAGGCUGGUUCCGGCGGCUCCGCGCGCUCCUUCCGGUUCCGGCGGCAGCGGCGAGCGGAGGCGCCAUGUCGUCCCACCUGCAGUGGAUGAUCGUGCGCAACUGCUCCAGCUUCCUCAUCAAGAGGAACAACCAGACCUACAGCACCCACCCCCCCGUGCCCCCCCAGGAGCCGAACAACCUGAAGGCGCGCAACUCCUUCCGCUACAACGGCCUCAUCCACCGCAAGACGGUCGGCGUGGAGCCGGCGGCCGACGGCAAGGGCGUCGUGGUGGUGCUGAAGAAGCGGGCAGGGCAGCGCAAGCCGGCCUCCUGCUACGCCCGCGUGACGGUGAACCGGAACGCGCGGGCGACGCUGAGCAGCCUCCGCCACAUCAUCCGCAAGAACAAGUACCGCAAGGACCUGCGCAUGGCCGCCCUGCGCCGCGCCAGCGCCAUCCUGCGCAGCCAGAAGCCGGUGGUGGUGAAGAAGAAGCGGGUCCGCGCCGCCAAGGCGCCCUGAGCCCAAUAAAGGCCACGGCCCCCCCGAAA